UUAGUACUCGGUAAUUAAAACCACCUACACGUGGGGAUCUCUAAAUACCGCGCAAUUACCGAUAGUAGGUAUUAACAUCAUCAUUAUUUUCACGAGCUUCUUCUGCAUUGUAGUAUGUCCGUAUGUACAUACUCAAAUUAUUAUUAUCAUGUGAGAGAUCUUCAAGGGGGAGAAGCUGCAAUGCUAUACCUCCUUUCGGUACCGAUCCUGCUAAGUUCUGCACAUAUGCAUGGCAGAGACUACUACUAUAUACCCCGUACUACUAGUAGACUAGACCACGUCGAUGAAUGAUAAAAUGAAUCAUUAGGAUACAACUUUCUGACUCUCUUUUUCUUUUCCUCGUUUUGCAAGGUCAAAAAACUCUUACCUCUUCCUGUAAGCUGACACCAAAAUUACCAAGCUAAAUUUAUCCAAAUUUUUGUUUUUCUCGUCUUUUCUUUUACCUUGUAAGGAAAGGUUGAAAACAGAACCAGGAAAACCAAACGAGACCUCGCGUGUGAAGUAAAUUCAGAUCGACAAAGGAACUCCAUGAAGGGUGAUGAUUCUUCCUCUGAUGAUUGUAGAUACGUGAGAAUUGGAGUCACUUUCGACUUCUGAAAGACUCAAAGCAGGGAAACACGGCGUGCCUUCGAUUUGUCCAGACUGGACACGCGACUCUUUACUGCUCGUGUUGGUGGCUUUUCCGCCUAUUCUUUUUCUUUCUUUCUUUUGUUUUUCCCCUUUUUUCUGUUUCACUAACAAGGAGUUCC